GGGCGGCUUUGGCGCCACACGCGGUUGUGUUUCUUAUCUGAUACAGAACCGAACUGAGUUAUAAAAGUUCCUCCAGUCCGAGCAGAGAUCAGAUAAUACCUGCGCUGAUAACAGCAGAUCACAGCCUGAUUCAGAUCUUCAGUUCUGCAGAUUCACGCGUUAACUGCAGUUUAAACCGGAGUUUAAACCCGUAGGUUAGCUCUCAGACCGGCAGCGCGUGGAGUUCCUCAUUUCUCUCACUUUUUAAAAUUCAGUGUGACCGCGUGCGAACCCUUGGCCAUGUCCACAGCAGGUGUAAUGGACCCCACGGGAGACGUCCUGCAGUCCUGUGGGACAGCGGACAGCAUCGGAUCCAUGGACGCCCCCAUCGACGAUUCAACAGCUAAUGAUUCACCAGAGGAGGAGUCAGCUGGUAAGAGAGAGGAGGAGGAGCCUAAACCCGCUGAACGCAGCAUCACACACACACAGCCAGCUAGCGCCCAGCGUCCCGCCUCCCUGGCCCUGCCCGUGUCCAGUGGCUCGGAGUUGUGGACCACGCAGAGGGACGGCGAGGUGAAGCUGAGAAUGGGCGAGUCGGGUCCGGCGGCUGAACCGGCGGUCACCGUACACCAGGCGUUCGAAAAGGCUGUGGAGCGCUUCGGAAAUUACACGGCUCUCGGCUGGAAGGAGGGAGAACAGUGGAAGAAGAUCAGCUACAAGGAGUACUUCGAUACCUGCCGCAUCGCCGCCAAGAGCUUCCUCAAACUCGGGCUGGAACGCUGCCAUGGAGUCGGUAUCCUGGGCUUCAAUUCCCCGGAGUGGUUCAUCUCUGACAUAGGAGCCAUUUUUGCCGGUGGGUUUGCUGUGGGAAUCUACACCACCAACUCUCCAGAGGCGUGCCAGUAUGUGGCGGAGAACUGCCAGGCCAACAUCCUGGUGGUGGAGAACCACAAGCAGCUGCAGAAAAUCCUGCAGAUCCAAGACAAACUGCCCCACCUGAAGGCCAUCAUCCAGUAUAAAGACGCUCUGAAGGAGAAGAGGCCCAACCUGUACACGUGGGAGGAGUUUCUGGAGUUGGGUCGUAACGAGCCAGACACUAAACUCAAUGACAUCAUCGAUUCCCAGAAGCCCAAUCAGUGCUGCACGCUCAUCUACACGUCUGGAACCACCGGCCAGCCGAAGGGGGUCAUGCUCAGCCACGACAAUUUGACGUGGACCGCAUUCGCGACCGCUCGCAACGUCAAUCUGGACUACGCUGACCAAUCUCAGGAGGAGGUGAUCAGUUACCUGCCCCUCAGUCACAUUGCUGCUCAGAUGAUUGACAUCUGGAUCACCAUGCAAGUGGGCGGAGCUACAUACUUUGCACAGCCUGAUGCCCUGAAGGGCUCUCUGGCGAACACCCUGCGUGAAGUUCGUCCCACAGCGUUCAUGGGCGUUCCUCGGGUGUGGGAGAAGAUGCAGGAGAAGAUGAAGUCCAUCGGGGCCAAAUCGUCCACCGUGCGCCGCAAAGUAGCAUCAUGGGCCAAAGACGUGGGCCUGCACACCAACCUCAGCAAAAUGGAACAACAAAACGGCUCUAUGGCCAGAGCUUCACUGAAUUACCGGCUGGCGAAGCGCCUGGUGUUCCGGAAGGUGCGUAAAGCUCUGGGUCUGGAUCGCUGCAGACUGUGCUUCACUGGAGCCGCCCCCAUUACCAAAGAAACACUGGAGUUCUUCCUCAGCCUGGAUCUCCCAGUGUAUGAACUGUACGGCAUGAGCGAGAGCACUGGACCACACACCAUCUCCCUGCCCAACGCCUUCAGACUCACCAGCUGUGGGAAAGUGAUCCCCGGCUGCCAGACCAAGCUGUUCAGUCCGGAUGCAGAAGGAAACGGAGAGAUCUGCUUCUGGGGACGACACGUCUUCAUGGGCUAUCUGAACAUGACCGAGAAGACGGCGGAGGCUCUGGACGCAGACGGCUGGCUGCACUCUGGAGAUCUGGGCAAACAUGACAAAGACGAUUUCCUCUUCAUCACAGGGCGCAUCAAAGAGUUGAUCAUCACUGCUGGAGGUGAGAAUAUCCCCCCGGUGCCUAUAGAGGACGCUGUGAAGGAAGUUGUGCCCCUCAUUAGUAACGCCAUGCUGAUCGGAGAUAAGAGGAAGUUCCUCUCCAUGCUGCUCACUAUAAAGAGCGAGGUGAACGCUGAGACAGGAGCUCCGGAGGAUGAGCUGACCCCAGAAGCAGUGGAGUUCUGCAGGAAGUUGGGCAGCAACGCCACACGCGUGUCUGAGGUCGCCGGGGGGCGGGACCAUCUCGUCCAGGCCGCCAUCCAGGAGGGCAUCAACAAGGUGAACAAGAAGGCCACCUCUAACGCCCAGCGCAUCCAGAAGUUCACCGUGCUGGAGCAGGACUUCUCCAUCACCGGAGGAGAGCUGGGCCCCACUAUGAAGCUGAAGAGGCCGGUGGUGAUGAAGAUGUACAAAGAGCAGAUCGAGAACUUCUACAAAGAGGGCGUGACCCCCAGCACCCCCGACAACCCUCUGCCCUCCAAAUAAAGCUCCAAACAACAGGAGCUUUAACACAGUUCACCGUGCACAGACAAAGAAACUGACACACACACGCAUAUAUGUACACACACACGUUCUUUUUUUUUUUUUUUUUUUGCUCAUCUCGCAGCAGUGUGUACUGUGUGUGAGCUCUCCUGCGUCACUAUUUGUUCAUCUUUAUUUUUUUAUUAUUAUUAUUAUUUUUUUUAUGUUCAGGUGAAUUGAAAAGUAAUAGGAAAUAACAUCCAUAACAAGCCAUUGUGUUAAACAGCCAUGUGUUGUAUGAAGCUUUAUUCUUUGUUAAAACGGUUAUUUAUUUUUUAUUGGGUUGUUUUUUUUGUGUGUGUUUAAUACUGUUGUAAUGAAGUACCAUAAUCUCAUGAAGUCUAAAGUGAGCCAUUGUUUUCGUUCCUUAUUAACUGGAACUCGUCAAGUGCAAGUCAUCCAAAGUGUCUAUUUGUGGACGCAUCAGAAGUUAAGAAGUUAAGAGCUGCGUUCUUUGAUGUUUAUAUAUAAUUAUUUUUAUUUUUCUGUAUUUAUGGUUCGUUUGUACACCAAAGCAAGAAAGCGGUCUGUAGCGGGUGUGUGUUGGUAAGUGUAAUUUUCUGUAUUGGCCUGGAUCAGUUAAUAAUAAUACUAUAAUUCACCCAGAUGGGAUUUGAGCCUAGAUCAGACGGUUUUUAGUCUGAAAUUUGCAUAGACUGGCUCUUAGAAAUUAGAUCUUUCUCUCUCUCUCCCUCUCUCUCUUUACACCUCUUAUUCUCUCUUUACAUCUCUUAUUUUCUCUCUCUUUCUCUUUAAACCCCUCUCUCUAAACCUUAUUUCUUCUCUCUCUUUCUCCUUACACCUCUAAAUAUCUCUUUACCUCUCUCUUUCUCUCUUCACUUCUUAGUCUCUCUCUCUCUCUUUUUCUUUCUCUCUCUCUCUUUUAAUACCUCUCUCCAACAGUGAAGGCAGCCACACACUGAAUGUGCUCUUAAAAUUCAUAACCAUAAUUCUUAAUGCAGUUUUCAUUUGUAGUUUUAAAUACAGUUUGCAUUUAAUUAAAACCAAAACUAAACCACAAAAAUCCAUAAUAUUACAGUAUAGCCUGUGAUUUCCAUAAUGAAUUCCAUAAAAUGCCAGAAUUCCAGUAUCUAAAAGAAACUGUUUGCUAGGAGGAGUCUGGCAUCACAUCUUUCUCACAAGACACUCCUGUGUGGGUGAUGAAUGGGGAGAAGUUGAUUAACAAACAAAUUAUUAAAUUAUUAAACAUUAUUAGAUAAAAAAUAAUAAUCUAGUCUCCAGCUUUCAUCACCUGGAUGUCAUCAAUAUGUACAACUUCUCCAUUAAAUUCUGCGCUCACCUUUUAAGACACUUUUGGCAUGUAUGGCCCCCAAUCUUAGCUUAAUCAAAAUUAAUUAAAUCACAAUUUUACAACACAAAGUUUCCCAUCUAUACAGAAAUUAUUUGAAAUUAUUACUGUAAUGAAUUCCAUUUAAAGAAAAAAACAAGACGGGGAGUUAUUAUUCUAGUUAUUAGAUUAUACUUGAUUAUAACGAUAUUUGUGCUAUUUAUUGCAUGCUCUUCUGUUUGUGUGCUGGCAUGGUUUCAUGGAUUUGAGAGCAAGCAGUAGCACAUAGUUUAAAAACAUAUAUCGCUGUGUAAACGUCCAUGAAAUCGUACCAUUUAAGCUACGUACGUUCAUACGUGUACCUGAAUACGCCUCGUCCUCGUUUCUUUUGUACCCAGAUCUGUUCAAGUAUUGUUGUUCAUAUGGAACUACGCUUUCUGCAGAUGUCUUAAAAAAAUGAUUUUUUUUUUGUGUACGAUUGCUGUGAACUUGUUAAAUACUGUAAAUAUGUUCAGCCUAUAUUUUCUGCUCAUUUAUCUCCGGUGUUAUUUGACCUGUUAAAGCUUGAUUUGUCUCUGGGAGUGAGUUUGAGUUUGAGCUCCACUGUGAGAAAUGUACGUAGGUUAGCUAGCUUAGCUAGCAUGUUGGCGCCUUUUGAGCUGAGUAAAGCAGAAAACAGAGACUCUGAAGGAAUUAAAAUGUUAAUAUGAAAACAGAAAUGGUUUGGAAACCGGUUUAUUUGGGCGUUUUGACACCUGUAGUUAAUUUGCUCUGGUCUGAAUCGUUUAGCUAAUGAGGGAACAGAAUAUACAAACUACAGGUGUAAAUAUGCCCUAUGAAUAGUUAAGCAGUUAAGAAUAUGCCUUUUUUUUUUCUUUUUUCUAAAGGACAUUUCUUGGUGUGUGAGCGAGGCUGCUUACUUCUCUAGGUCUUGUUUUCAUGUAAUUUACCGUAUUUUUCGCAGUAUAAGGCGCACCGGAAUAUAAGGCGCACUAUCAAUCAAUAAAUGUCUAAUUUCUGGUCUAUUUUCAUACAUAAGGCGCAUUAUGUGACAGUAAGAAACAGGGGUGUUUACAUGUUCUCCUUCUAAUUCAGCUAAAGCUAAGCUAAGUAAACAAGACUGUAAUUCUUAAAAAAUAAAUCUUUUAAAGAUUUAUCUGCUCCAAACUCUUUAUUUGGGUGAGUAAAGGGCUUCUGUUUAUUUACAAUAAAUUUAGAUUUCCAGUUAGCGGCUAAUGCCGCCCAACAGCGCUACACUGAGGAACCCUGAGUGUUCUGGUUAGCCAGGGUAAUAUUAGCUAGUGGUUUGUCCCACGUAGCUUGUUUCAACACGGUAAACAUGCAGACAACAGCCCAAAAUACUCACCUCUGAACGGUGAAGAAGCUAGGGCUUAGCGCGGUUAGUGGCUAAUGCUAAUUCAGCUCCAACAGUGCUAGCCAGGGUUAGCAGCAGGAUACAGGGAGAUAGUACUUACCUCUAAACUGUAAAUAAAAAAGCUAGUGCUUAGCGCAGUUAGCGGCUAAUGCUAAUACUGCUCCAGUCUCAGUUCUGGACAACUAAACUGAAACUCCUGUAUAAUGCUGUACUUCAGCGUACUGGUUUUACCUGACUGCUAAAAUUCAUACAUAAGGCACACUGUUGAUUUUUGGGGAAAUGAAAGGAUUUUAAGUGCACCUUAUAGUGCGAAAAAUACGGUAAAUAAAGCUAACCUCACGCUCUGUGAACAAGGCAGACGCUGCAUUGCAUUUGUGUGACCACUAAACUCACUAAAAGAAAUACUUGAAUUUGAACAAAGGACGUGUGAAACAUUAUGCAAUCCAAAGAAGCCUAUCUUUUUCUUUUUAUUUUGACUGUAAAUAGAGGAGAUGUGUUUCUGAGGAACGAGGCUGAAAGCUGUAGCACAGCACAGCUAGCUAACUGUUAGCUUUUCCUGAAGAAAGCAUGCUGGGGGAUAUAGCUACUGAAGAAUGCAGCCUUGUGUAGUGACAAUAUAUCUCCCAGCAUGCCUUUAGAGAGGCCUUUUUUGUGUGUGUGUAUAUAUUAGUAUAAUGACUGAGAUUAGUCUGUAAUGUAGGUAAAUAAGUGUUAAGAUGGGAGAAUGAAGGUGAGACUGGUUUAAGGUGAGCAGCUUUAUUUCGUUUUCUCGCAGGGGUUCAGUUUUUUUUCCCUCAGCACUGCUUUUCCAUCUUUAAGCACUAUUUCACCAAAUAAUCUGUGUUUAUUAUGGUCUGGGACAGUUUUACCAACAGCACUGUUGUGUUCACUUCAAACGAUCUGCGUCCACACCUGAUUUGGUUUAAGUGAUCUGCAUCCACACUCGAUUUGAAUCAAGCGAUCUGCGUCAACACUCGUUUCAGUUCAAAUUACUGCACCACACUAGAUUUGGGUCAAAUGAUCUGUGUCUGCAUUAAAUUUCGGAUCAAAUGAUUUGUGUCUACAAUCGAUUUGCAUCAAAUGAUUUGCGUCCACACCUAAUUCAUCUCAAAUGGUCCGUGUCAACAAUAGAUUCAGAUCAAAUGAUUUGCGUCAACACUCGAUUCGAAUCAAAUUAUUUGCGUCCACACUUGAAUCAAAUCAAAAGAUUUGCGUCCACACCCAAUUUAGUUACAAUUCUGAUUCAGCUCACACCUGAUCAGCUGUUUAAACACACAGUCAGAGUCUAGUGGAGAACUGUUCUAGAAUAUUGUAAAUGGGAGGCUAAAGAACAUUAUAGAAUUGAACUAGAGCACUGGAAGUAGAUAAAGGUCUAGAACAGAACAAGAGUGACAAUUCUAGAAUACUGUAAAUGAGAACAUUCUAGAAUUGCGUAAACAAUAAGUGAACAUUCUAGAGCACUGAAAAUUGAGAAAGAUCUAGAGUAGUGAGCUGAAUCAGUGUAAUGGAGCUGAGAGAACACUAAACUGAACUGAAGUGCAGUACAGUGGUGUGGUCGGGGAACCCGGUUCUAGACAUUAACUCUAGAGGAGAUUGUGAGAGGCUGUUGGAGCUUUGCCAGGUGGAACCUGACUCUGUAGGCUGUGUAUGAGAUUAGAGACUGGAUGAUCUCAGCAGGAUGAGUGAUAGUGAUGAUGAUGAUGGAAGGUGUUGGUGAGAGAACCCCUCUGUCUGUUUCUUUAUCAGUGUGUGAGUGAGAGUUUGUACUCAAUCCAAAAAUAAAGUGAUCCAUAUUUA